UACCUCCAACUUAAAUAAAUAUGUUAUAUAAAUCUAUGAUAAUAAUAAAUAUGUAAUAAGGAAAUGAGAUAUUUUGGUUAGCAACAAGGAAAAAGACGGGAAUAUUAUCUACUUGUCAAAAUGGACUUUAACCGGGGAAUCCGGAAAAGGUAGGUUUGUACGUGUAUAAAGAAUUGGAAAAUAAAAGAUUUGUUAGAUAUUCGGCAAAAACACAAUUGCGAGCAGCUCAUCUUUAGUCUUAAUUAGAAAAAGAGGUCGGUUCGGUACGGGGGACUUAAAACAAAAGAGUGCGACGCGGCCGAAGCGAGCCUGACACGCGCGAACACGGCAACUACAAGGCAGACAAGAACAAUACCUUUCAGCAGCGACGCCUCCCGCUCCGCCCUGCUUCACGCUUUGCUUGACAGACACGUCACGCAGCCAGCGCACUCAAUUAAUAAUUCCUGGAGGGCGGACGGUCGGCCGCUCGGCCCCUUUGUUGGCUGAAUCUGGCGCUGGCUCCACCUCCGUCACGUGAUAGCGGCCGAUUGCCAUUGGCGCAGCUCUUCCCCUCGGAGGAGAGGUAAAGUUGGGAGUCGGGUUUUGUUUUCUCUAACAACGUGAUGCAGUGACGAAAACGUGAGAAAACGUGUUGGUUGUCGUUGUCGCGUUUACGUUAAGUCAGGACAGCAGGCCGGAGGGGCCGCAGUCUCCAGUCCCACCCCUGCCUAGCAGAGUGCUGGAUGUCCGGCCAGUAGCAGUGUCGGCCAUGGAAGCACUGCAGCAAGUAGCCAUCUGCUCGCAGCAGUCGUCUGUCUCCUCUUCCUCCAGGAACGACUCGACGCAGUCCGAAUGCGGCCACGAAUUGCUGUCGGUCGAAUCGGACGAAGACUGUCAAGAUCUCAGCAAAUCGUUCAAAGGCGAGGAAGGCAAACCCAAAAACCAACUGGUCAAGCCUCCCUAUUCUUACAUCGCCCUCAUCACUAUGGCCAUCCUGCAAUCGCCCGAAAAGAAGUUAACCUUAAGCGGUAUCUGCGAGUUCAUCAAAAAUCGUUUUCCCUUCUAUCGGGAAAAGUACCCUUUGUGGCAGAACAGCAUCCGCCACAAUCUGUCUCUUAACGACUGCUUCAUCAAAAUUCCUCGAGAGCCCGGCAACCCGGGCAAGGGUAACUACUGGACUCUGGACCCGGCCAGCGAGGAUAUGUUCGACAACGGAAGUUUCCUGCGUCGACGCAAGAGGUACAAGAGACAGCAACCCGACCCACUCAAGGAUCCUUCGGCCUUCAUGGCCACCAUGGACGCCUAUCGGCACCCGCACGGUUUGUACGCGGGUCCUCACUCACCUUUCGCCCUGGCCGGCACCUACCCUUACGUCUCCACGCUGCCACCACCCAUUCCAUUUCUGUCGCCUCAGGACCUGGCUCGAGCUUCUCUUCAUCCCGUGGCUCUAACGCUGCCGGCGCCCCUGGCCACUCCGGUGGUGCAACACCCGGUGGCACACGCCAGCGACAAACACGUCAAGUCCAACUUCACCAUCGACAGGCUGAUCGGUGACAAGGUGACGGACUCCAAGCCGGACUCGGGGCGUUCCGUGCCCUCGGCUACCGCCUCUCUGUUGAGUCUUUCCAGGACCGUGGCCGAUGCCACCUUCUCCUGCCCAGCCGUCAGUUUGGACAAGUACAGACAAUACCUACAGACGCUGGACGCCGCUUCUUCCUGGCCCCGAUGACACAGUCGAAAAGGUGUCAUUCGAGAUCGUCGCCCGUAGAGCAACCGAACGAUUAUUUCUAACAAGAAAACUGAAUUAGUAUCAACCCAUUUAUUAUUUUUCAUCUUAAAAGGAAUUUAUUAUUAUUUAAAAAUUUUUACUCGGAAAAAAGAUUUAUUUUUUGGAUACGCGAUGCAACAAAUUUGCGAAUUGAGCGGAGAAAAAGUGAAUGUAGAAGGAUGUAUAACGCAAGUAUUUUUGGCAAUUUUUAUAUUCCCGGAUUCUCCUUCCUACCGAGGACUGCACGGAAUCGCGAGGGAGAAAUAUUUCUUCGGCUUCUUCCAUUCCACGAGCGUCUUUCCGGAAUUCCAGCCGGUCACGUGAGGAGGCGGCAGAGAAGAAGACUCGAUACUUUAAUAAACGAACUAAAUAAACACGCGCAGGGCGCAAUUUGGAUGUAACUCGAUAUGACGUAAUCAGGGAGAAACUGGGUUCUUCGGUGGCCAUUUGGGCCACGUGACCCGCAGCUCUCGUCUGAUCGAUGCACAACAUUAGCGGCAGCGUCCAUACAUAAUUGAUGAUGGGAUGAUGAUUACCUCUCUCUUUCUGUGCCGAGACUAUUUUUCGUCACGUGAUCCACCUGGUUAGAAUAAUUCUUCUCCCUUCCAUUUUGGAAUUUCCCAAUUUCCAUCACAAUAUAUUCCUUUUUCCCCCUUCUUCUUCUUCCCGUUCGAGAGCGCUACUCGUCCCCGAUUGAAAUAAGUUUGUAACUUUUCCUCUUUGUUUCUCGAUAUUGAUUCCGUGUUUUUAAAAUUCCAUAUCGCAUUUUUCGGUUCCCCUUUCGGCUUCCCCUCAUAACCAGACUCUACUACCCCCGGGCCUAUUCCACGCCUUUAACCCGCGAAGGGGUCGGGAAGCGACCUCGAGCACCCCCUCUUCCCGAUUUCGAGAGAGACAACCAAUAAAAGAAGACACGCGAAUAGUCAUGUGACGUAAAAAGACAGAAAAAUUGCUUUUUUAUGUAAAGUCCUCGGGGCACCUAAUGACGUAGACAACUUAUCCUUUAUGUAAUUAACAGGAUCGGAGUGGUGCUAGAGAAACGAAACAAAAUAAGAGCAGAGAUUUUGGGAAUUUUUUCGGCACGAAAAUCUCCGAGAGUGGAGCAAAAGAGUAGAACCUUGUAUCAGAAGGGUUGUUGAUGAAAAGCAGAUUGUUAUCCGCCUAAGAGAUGUAACCCAAGCCCUCUCGCAUCUGCAUGCUGACAUAGCAGCAAAAACAGACGGUUAAAUAAAUACGUGCCUUCCUCUGAUCCUUCCGUCUUCCUAGUCACUUCCCCUUAGGUAAACACAUUCGCGCCCUCCUUAUCUGUCCGCCAGAUUUAUGGAGGACAGUUAAUGAUGCCGUCUGAUUAUCCGCAGACGCCCUCACCCUUUCUACGACAUAUUACGCCAACAGGUGGCACAAUGCUGUACAGGCGGCACUUUCGCUUUCCCGAGUGCAGAAGUGGAAAGAUGCUAAUGGGAAUUCCUGGAAUGGUUGCCUUCCGCCACGUUAUUAAAACGAACCUGCGGUGUGACGUGUCACCUAGCCUUACGAAUU